UUCCAUUCAUCCCCUCUUGAUCUUGCAGAUUUGUGCUAUAUUAUAUAUUUUUUUUCUCUUCAUUCUAAUAGUCAUCACAAUGUUGAAACCAUUAGCAUUAUUAUUUAUCAUCUUGUGCACUAUCCAACCAAACAAUGCCGAAAACUCGUUAGAAAAAACAUGCAACCUGACUCCAAACAAAACCCUUUGCAUUCAGUAUCUUGAGUCAAGUCCUAGAAGCCCUAAUGCAGAUGUCCAUGAGUUUGCCCUAAUCAUGUUUAAUAUAAUGAGAGACAAAGCAACGAGUACGAUAAUCAAAAUCGAUAAACUUCUUGCAGGGAAUCCUGGUGGCCCUCGUGAGCAAAAUUCACUUGGGAUAUGUGCUGGUAUAUACAAAGAAAUUGCAACAUUUUAUGCUAGAAGAGCCCUUGAAACUUUGCCAGCUGGAGAUCCUGAAGUUGCGAUAAAUGCUGCAAAUGAUGUUGUGAGGAAAGCCAAUCAAUGUGAGGCUACCUUUCAUGGGAGAGUAUCCGAGGAUCUGCGUACUCCUGUCACUGAUGAGAACAAAGAUAUGGAAAAUGUAGCAACUAUAUCAGCAGCUAUUGCUGAAUUAUUGCGACAUACUAGCUAGUUUACUCAACAAUUCAUUGUUCAAUUUAAUGUAUAAUAAAUUAGUAAAAGUAAUACAUUGAGUAUAAGAUAUUAUAUUUCAAUAAUACAUUGAUUUUUA